AUGAAGUCUGCGCAAACAAAGUCAAUUCCCCAAGAUUUAAUCGUGGAAAUAUUCUCAUGGCUUCCAAUUAAGUCUUUACUGCGUUACAGGUGUGUUUCCAAAUUUUAUAAUUCUCUUGUAUCUGAAUCAAAUUUCAUGGACAUCCAUCACCGCCGCUCUAUGACUCGUCCUGGUGGAAGAAAAUACCUCAUGUACCAAAAGGGUGUAUUCUACACUACCAAGCUGAAGGAAGAUGGAAAAGCCUCCCAUCUUCCUAUUGAAAAUUUCAAUCAACUCCAUAGAUAUCGCUCCGCUUCCUGUUUAAUGUGUGUUAACGGUUUGGUUUGCGCAUGGAGAGAUGAGAAUCAUCUUGCAAUUUGCAAUUUCGGUACAAGAGAAGUAAGAUUUAUUCGGUGCCCGAAAGAGAUUGUUAACAAAGUUUACCCAGUGUGUUCAAUUGGUUUUGAACCAGAAGAACAAAAGUAUAAACUUUGGUUGACACUUCAUCUCAGUGAUUGGUACACAAGAAAUUGGGUGUUCACAUUAGACAUAGAUAAAUCAUGGAGAGAGACUAAAUGCAAUGCCCGUUUUUUCCCAUCCAAUAAGAGAGUUUGUGUUAAUGGAGUAAUCUUUAUGUUCAGUAAUGGCUAUCGCGAUUCGCUGUUCCAAAUAGUUGCAUUUGAUGUCAAAGCUGAAACUUUCAGCACUUUCACGUUUUCACCUACUUUACCAUGCAAUGAGUACAUCUAUUAUAACCUGAUAGAAGUGAAGGGCAAAUUAGCCGUCUUGAACUAUUCCAGCGAAGACAUGCAUUUGUGGGUUUUCGGAAAGGCUCAAAACGACGAUUGGAAGAGGCACAUCAUUCCCUGUCCUUCACAAUGGGAAGGCAUUGAUGUUAAACUGAAAUCAUAUUCGCGUUUUAUGUGUUCUUCUUGUGAUGGGGAGAUUAUAUUUGAAAGUAUUACAAAGUCAGGUUCUUACAUCUAUAUCUGUUAUAAUAUCACGAGAGAAAGCUGGAGAGAAUUUGAAGUUGAGAAACUUUAUGUAAACCGUGCGUUCAAUAUCAUUUUUUGUUAUGUAGAAAACCUCUUCCCAUUGGGAAAACUCUGCAAUGCUAAUCUCCAAGAUUAA